GAAAAAUUUACCCUUUCUGAGAGGCUGAAAAUGCAGUUAGGUAGCUACAAACAAACAAACAAACAGUUUUCUUGUUUUGUAGGAGUAGUAGUAGGCUGUAACAAGAUUGGCGGUGGUAUGCUAAGUGAGGCACGUUUUCCAUCUCUUGGCUCUCUUUUCUCUCGAAUCCUCCGUUCUUCCCUCCAGCACCACCAACUAAGUUCAAUAUCAAACCCACCAUUUUCUCUUUCCCCUUAUCUGAUGUCGAUUUCCACCAAAAUCCCGCACCCUCUCCUCCACCACCCUAAUUCACCAUCCCUUAAUAAAGCCCUAAAAUCCUUUUCUUCUUCUAUACAUUCAACACCCACUAAAUUAACCUUCUUUAGAUCCAUUACCAUUGAAAAAAUCUCCACAAAAUCAAUUUUUGCUUCUUCUCAACCCUCAUCAUCUCUCCAACCCAUUGAAGAGCUCCCACCGAAACUCCAAGAAAUCGUCAAACUCUUUCAAGCAGUCGAACAACCAAAGGCUAAAUACGAGCAACUCUUAUUUUACGGUAAAAAUUUAAACCCACUUGACGCACAAUACAAGACCAAUGAAAAUAAAGUUCAGGGUUGUGUUUCACAGGUUUGGGUUAGGGCUUAUUUUGAUUCGGAGAAAAAUGUGAUCUUUGAGGCUGAUUCUGAUUCGGUACUCACUAAAGGGCUUGCUGCUUUGUUGGUUCUGGGCCUAUCUGGACGGCCCGUUGAAGAGAUUAUAAAAGUUUCACCUGAUUUUGUUGUCCUUUUAGGGUUGCAACAAAGCUUAACUCCUUCUAGGAAUAAUGGCUUUUUGAAUAUGUUGAAGUUGAUGCAGAAAAAAGCCCUCCAGUUGUAUGUUGAAGCUGAAAGGGCUGCUGAUUUAGGCCCGAGCGGGUCGUCUAAUGACUCUGUGGAGUCUUUGUGGGAUGGUGUUAAUGUUAAUGGAAAUGUUGAGUCUGAAGAGAGUACUGAUGUUAGUGGGAAUAAUGUGAGUGUUAGUGGUGGUGAUGAUGGUGUUUUGAGGAGUAGAGGGAUGAGAAUUAAAGAGAGAUUAGAGAAGGAGCUUAGGCCCGUGGAAUUGGAAGUUGAAGAUAUAUCUUAUCAGCACGCGGGACACGCUGGGGUUAGAGGCAGUGAUGGAGAGACGCAUUUUAAUCUAAGAGUGGUUUCUAAGGAAUUUGAAAGGAAGAGUUUGGUUAAGAGGCAUAGGAUGAUUUAUGAUUUGCUGCAAGAUGAGUUGCAGAACGGAUUACACGCGUUGUCAAUCGUGGCGAAGACGCCGUCUGAAGUUGGUAGUAGUUGAAUUUAACUGCCGGCAUCAAGAGAUCUGGAAUGGUAAAAUCAAUAUUUGGAGCGCCGGAAUUGUGCAAAUUAUUAUCCUGCUAGCAAUCAAAUGUUUAUCCAUUUAUUCUGCAACGACGUGGUAAUUUUUUUCUAAUUUCAGCUCAACUUAGUGAAAUGCAAUUACAAUUAUCUUCUGUUAGUAGUUUUACAAUGUUAAGCCUUUCAUGUUUAUGAUAACUUUAGAACGACAGCAGUUAUCAAAAAACUUAAGAACAACAACAACAUCUAUACCACUGGGGAUGAUAUAUCUAAAGAAGUGUAUCUCUGGGGAACUAUGAUUAAGGUC